AUGGCAGGGCACACUCCUCAUCGCGUAUCGUCAUUAGGCGGAACGCCUGCCACUCCAGGGUCACCAUUAGGUGGGGAACCAGGCGAAGCUGUAAUUAUAAUAAACGAGUCUCCUAUAAUGGGAUCUUCUGUUGCACAUAGGCCACACAGUCCUUCACAGUCAAGUAGAGUUGUUUUGUCGACUAUAUCGUAUCACAUCAAGAUCAUGAUAUCAUGAUGUAUUAAAUAAUUAGGACCAUUUUGUAUAUUGCUCUUGUUUCAACUGUCACUGUCACUUUGAUUUUGAAUGAGAUUCGCGCCAAGAUUCCGCCCGUAGGGUUGUCAAUAGUUGUAAAUUUGCAAUCUGUACGUUGUACUGCUAAAUAUAUCAAUUGAAAUAAAACAAGUAUUUAUCGGUAAUUAUGUUAAUUUUAGUCAGAGAAAGGUCAUCUCUCCCGGGGCCAACGAGUUCAAGUCAAUCGCCGGCGCAACCGUCUUUGUUCCCCAAUUUGGGCACAAUCACAGUCUUAUAAAACAAAUUAACAAAAUUAAAGGUUUCCGCAAAUUAGUAAUUGUAUUAUUGUUUAUUAUGUUUGAAUUAACUCGGUGGCGUAGUGGAUAAGCGCCGCGGCCCGCGAUCGCAGUUGUUAAGCAACUUUUGUGAGGGUUGGUCACGGGAUGGGUGACCAAAAAAUUAUUACCUUGAGCUACUCCGUGCUUCUGAAGAUACGUUAAGCCGUUGGUCCUGACUGCAUUUGCAGUAGUCAAUACCGUGCAAUCUAAGAAAAAUAAAUAUUUUAUAAACCUAUGCAUUGGUGGUUUUAUAGGGGUGCCGGCGGGCGCGGGGUGCGCGGGGAGUGCGGGUGCUUCGGCCCCGUGGCGGGUCAGAUUAGCCACCAUCAAGAAUUCCUUCUUAGGAUCACCGAGAUUCCACAGGAGAAAAAUGCAAACUUCAUCGGAGGAAGUCCAUUUAACUCCGGAAUCAUCGCCGGAGCUGACUAAGCGCUCCUGGUUCGGUUCCCUGCUGUUAUCUGCCGACAAGGAGGAGACGUUCACCGCUCUGGUUAAGGGGAAACCCCUAGCGACUGUUAAAGCUGAUCUCAUACACGCCUUUUUAAGUAUAGCAGAGUUAUCCCACAGUGUUUUAAGUCCUAUGUCGUUUCGCGUUGAAUACAAGAGAGGUUCUAACGCGCCGGCCAUGUUCCAGAGACACGUUAGAUUUCA